AUGUGUAACAUCUAAACCAGUUACAAUGUAUGCUAUGUACAAGCAAACACACCCACCAACGGGCAUAGAGCAUUGCAUUUAUUGCAACUUUUAUAACAGAGAUGAAGAGAACUUGCUGAUUGCUGACACAAACCAACUUCAUGUGUACAGACUUUCCAAGGACACACAGGAAAAUGAAGUUUCAAAGAAUGUUGAAACAGCUGCAGAGUCAAAGCCAAGGAAAGAUAGGAUAGAACAUUUGCAAACCUUCCCAAUGUUUGGAAGUAUUAUGUCCAUCAAGUCAGUGCAGUUAUCAGGAUCUUCGAGGGAUUCUGUACUCAUUAGCUUCAGUGAGGCUAAAUUGUCUCUUCUGGAGUAUGAUCCUGGAACUCAUGACCUUAAAACACUGUCAAUGCAUUACUUUGAAGAAAAUGACUUAAAGGAGGGAUACUGUAGCCGGUCCACAAUUCCAGAAGUUUGUGUGGAUCCUGAGAAUCGAUGCGCAGCGAUGCUUAUUUACUCGAGUAAGUUGGUCAUUGUUCCGUUUAGGAAGGAGGGCAUGAUUGAUGAUGCCGACUUUAUCACUGAGAGUCGAUCAGCAGUACAGCCAACCUACAUGAUAGACUUAAGCCAAUUGGAUGAAAAAAUCUUGCAUGUGAUUGACAUCCAGUUCCUGCAUGGCUACUAUGAACCAACGUUGCUUGUCCUUCACGAACCUCUUCGUACUUGCCCAGGACGUAUUGCUGUGCGUAAUGACACCUGUGGAAUAGUUGCAUUGUCUCUCAACAUCGCUGAGCGAGUUCAUCCUGUCAUUUGGGCUCAGAGUAACCUGCCUUUUGAUUGUAUCCAGAUACAAGCCGUUCCAAAACCUAUUGGUGGUGUUUUGAUCCUCGCUGUCAACUCACUGUUGUACCUUAAUCAAAGUGUCCCUCCGUUCGGUGUGUCUUUGAACUCUUUGACUGACAAAUCAACUUCAUUUCCACUCAAAAGGCAAGAAGGAGUGAAGCUAACAUUGGACUGCUGUCAAGUUACUUUCAUUAGUUUUGAUAAGUUGGUCCUGUCACUCAAAGGGGGAGAGAUCUAUGUGUUGACUCUGAUGAUUGAUGGAAUGAGAAGUGUAAGAGGGUUUCACUUUGAUAGAGCAGCAGCCAGCGUACUCACAACCUGUAUAUGUAAAAUGGAGGAAGGCUAUCUAUUUCUUGGCUCCAGACUUGGGAAUUCACUGCUUCUUAAAUAUACAGAAAAAGCCCAGACAGAGGAUAAUGUCAAGAAAGAAAAGAAAGAUGGGGAACCACCUACUAAGAAGGUCAGGGGUGAGGAUGCUAGUGACUGGAUUGCAUCUGAUGUCAGCUUGCUUGAAGAUCCUGAUGAGCUGGAGGUAUAUGGAAAGCAAGCUCAGAAAACUGGCACACAAGUUAAAAGUUAUACAUUUGAGGUUUCUGACAGUCUUCUCAACAUUGGACCUUGUGGAUGCAUGGUGAUGGGGGAACCUGCAUUUCUUUCUGAGGAGUUUCAAAACAACCCAGAUCCUGACAUAGAGUUAGUGAUUUGUUCGGGAUAUGGCAAAAAUGGAGCUUUGUCUGUGUUAAGACGUACCAUCCGACCGCAAGUUGUGACAACAUUUGAACUCCCAGGAUGCUUAGAUAUGUGGACUGUGAUUGGUCGGAAAGAACCCAUUAAGGCAAAUGAGGAAGAGGGUUCAGAAAGCCAGUCGGGUAGUAAGACACAAACUGAGAGUGAAAUAAGUCAUUCAUUCCUGAUACUCAGCAGGUUAGACUCAACAAUGAUUCUUCAAACUGGUCAAGAAAUCACAGAGCUAGAUCAAAGUGGCUUUAGCACCCAAGGUCCAACUGUUUAUGCUGGUAACCUGGGCAACAACAGAUAUAUUUUGCAGGUUUCUCAGAUGGGGGUUAGACUAUUAGAAGGGGCCAAUCAGCUGCAGCAUAUUCCCUUGGAUGUUGGCUCUCCCAUCAUGCUGUGCUCAGUUGCUGAUCCUUUUAUUGUGAUUAUGAGUGAGAGUGGGCAUAUCAUACUGCUCAGCCUCAAGGAGGAUCCACAUGGGACAGGUCACAGACUCAGCAUACUCAAACCAGAGAUACCUCAGACGUCAAAGAUUUUAGCUCUGAGUGCAUAUGUCAAUGAGGGUGGUAUGUUCACUACCAAAUGCAAUGUGAAGAAAGGUGUAGUGAAGAAAAAUGAGAGAAAAAAAUCAGAUACAGUCAUUAGUGAAGCAAGGCCAACUGUUGAUGAAGAGGAUGAGUUAUUGUAUGGUGAUUCUGAACCAACGAUAUUUAAACCCGCCGAGUUGACCGAGACCAUGGAAACCAGCAGCAAGCCAGCAGAUGAGGUCCAAGAAGAGGUUGUUGACCUCAGCUACUGGUGUCUUGUGUGUAGAGAAAAUGGGUUGCUUGAGAUCUACAGCUUACCUGAUUUUGUGUGUAUGUUUGUAGCCAGAAACUUCCCAAUGGCUGGCAAGGUACUAGUGGACAGUCCUAUGGUCACCACAAGUGAGCAGGCCCAGCAACAGCAUGAUAUGUUACCAGUAGUGAAGGAGAUUAUGAUAACUGGACUUGGCAAGGGAAAUAGCAGACCGUACUUGUUUGCAAUUGUUGAUGAUGACCUCAUCAUAUAUGAAGCCUUUAGUUAUCAAGCACAUUCAGAUCAAGAGAGGUUACAAAUCAGAUUCAAGAAGCUCCCUCACUCAAUGAUGAUGAAAGAAAAGAAGUCAAAAAAGAGAGGACAGAAAGCACAGGAUGAAGAAGAAGCUGUGCAACAUAGGAAGACCAACCGAUUGAGGACAUUUGCAGGUGUUUCCUCAUCCUUUUAUUCUGGGGUUUUUAUCUGUGGUCCAUAUCCACAUUGGUUGUUUGUCACAGCUCGUGGUUCCUUGCGGAUGCAUCCCAUGCCGGUUGAUGGUGCCGUCACUUGCUUUGCAGCAUUUAAUAACGUUAACUGUCCAAACGGCUUCUUGUAUUUCAACAAACAGGGUGAUUUGAGAAUCUGUGUGCUGCCCUCUCACCUUUCCUACGAUGCACCUUGGCCUGUGCGUAAAGUCCCACUGAGAUGUACACCUAAUUUUGUUGCUUACCAUCUUGAAAGCAAAACCUAUGCUGUAGUAACCAGCACAAUUGAAACUACAAUCAAGAUGGUUGUCAUCAAUAAUGAUGAACGAGAAAUCAGUAUACCAGACAGAGAUGAUCGUUUCAUCUUCCCUACAAGAGACUCAUUUUCAAUUCAGUUAUUUUCCCCUUUGAGCUGGGAACCAAUACCAAAUACAAAAAUUGAAAUGGAGGAAUUCGAGCAUAUUACUUGCCUUAAAGCAGUCAGUUUGAACUGCGAAGGCACAGUGUCUGGAAAGAAAGACUACAUUGUCAUGACAACCACUUAUGUUUACAAUGAAGAUAUCCAAUGUAGAGGAAGAAUAUUUAUCCUUGAUAUUAUUGAAGUAGUACCAGAACCAGGACAGCCACUCACAAAGAACAAAAUGAAGACUCUGUAUGAUAAGGAACAGAAAGGACCUGUAAGCUGUAUCUGUGAUGUGUGUGGAUUCCUGUUGUCGUGUAUUGGUCAGAAGAUUUACUUAUGGACAUUUAAAGACAAUGACCUGAUUGGCCUAGCCUUCAUAGACACUCAGGUGUACAUCCACAGGGCUCUUAGUAUCAAGAACUUCGUUAUUGUCACUGACAUCACAAAGAGCCUGUUCCUCUUACAAUACCAGGAAGAGGACAGGACACUAGCUCUUGUCAGCAGGGACACCAGGCCUUUAAGGAUAUAUGCUGCUCAGUUUAUGAUUGAUGAUAGGCAGCUGGCCUUCCUUGUGUCAGAUGCAGAGAAAAAUCUGAUUAUAUAUCAUUAUCAACCAGAAGCACCAGAAAGCUAUGGAGGUACACGUUUACUUCGUAGAGCUGAUAUCAAUAUUGGUGGCCAGGUGAAUACGUUUGUGCGCGUCAGUUGUAAACGACAUGAUCCAGCCAGCGACAAACUUAUAGCAGGACCGUCAGAAAGAAGACAAAUAACGUACUUUGCCACACUUGAUGGUGCCAUGGGAUUCCUUAUGCCAGUCUCUGAAAAAACCUACCGACGUAUGCUGAUGUUACAGAAUGCAUUAACAACAGGUUAUCCACACACAGCUGGACUCAACCCAAAGGCCUACAGGCAUGUAAAAUACAAUGAGAGAGUACUGAUAAACCCAAGUAAGAACAUCGUGGAUGGAGAUCUACUCUGGCAUUUCAACUAUUUAAGUGUAGUUGAACGAAAUGAACUUGCAAGACGGAUUGGUACAAAUGUUGAACAGAUUCUUGAUGACAUCAUGGAUGUUCAGAGGCUUACAACACACUUUUGAAGGACAAUUGUUGAAUCUGACAGAUAUUUUACAGGAAAAACAAUUUUAUCAAUUCAUGGCAGUUUAUUUGUUUCAGUAAUGUUUACUUAGUAGAACAGAGGGCACAAUACAAAACAAUCAAUGAAAUCACAGAUAAUCACAACAAACUCUUUGAGCUGUAAAAUAAUGUGUUUAUUAAAUCACAAACUUUGCAACUCUUGAUUAUUAUGUACACAUAUUGAAUGUGGAUGACAAAUGUCUAAAAUUACACUCUGUAAUAAAACAACAGCCAUUUUACAGAUACAUUACUUUUGAUUUAAAGUUUGUGUGCCAAAAAGCAAUUUUUUUUAAUCAGGUUCUCUUGGAGAAAAUAAAUUCAUGAUUUAACUCAAUACAGUAAAAAUGAAUAAAUUACUAACUUAAUGUAUGUCGUCACUGUCAGCAAUGACUUUGUAAAUGUGUAUUUAUACCAAUUUGGUAAUAAAAAUGUCUUAAAAUGAA